CUGGGGAUGUACUGUAUGGUGACUAAUAUAACAAAAUAUAANUAAAUUAUAAAUAAACAAACAAAUAAAUAAAUAAAUAAAAUUAGGACAUCCUUCUGAGAUACAGAAUCAACACUGCAGUUACAGAUGAUACCUCUAUUAGACAAACUCUCCAGCCUUUCUUUGUUUCAUCAUUUGACAUGGUAACUUCUAUCUGAAUCCGCUCAUGCAUUCUACCACAUGAAUCUUGAAUCUUGUGAGUCAAUGGACUCAUAUAAGCUCUGCUACCUGAUGGCAUCAAAUUACAUGCCUGGUGUGUGUGUGUGUGUCUGUGUGUGUCACACACAUGCAUGGUUAAUAUCUCUCCACCUCAGUUCCUCAUCUGUAAGGUGGGGAAACUCACUGUAGCCCUAUGUGGUAGAUAUCUCCACCUUACAGGUAAGGAAACUGAGACAGAGUUUAAAUAAUUUGUCCAAGGUUCAUAGCUAUUAAUUAUUUCCAUAGUUCAUGGCAAUAAAAGUAUAUAACUCUCAAAGUUUUCUAUAUGACUCCAACUGUGUAUUUUAAAGAAUUUUCUGCAUAUAUUCUUUAUUCUUAGGUAGGCUGUUACAUAAACAUUUUAUUUUUGCUGAAAGUAGAAAAGUAGGAAGUUCCUACUAGCGUUUUUUUUCUCUUGUGUGGCCCUGAGACAAUUGUCUACACUGUAAAGUCUAGGGAUAGUAAAGGUAAGUCUCCAUAUAAUAUACACAGGCAAGAGUUCGGAAUACUGCAUCCAUUUUCAUCCCGGAAAAUGUAUGAUCCUAUGACGACGCCUGGUGGCGCUGCAGGAUUAGAAGGUACAAAUCAGCACUGCAGCGGCGGCUCCAUUAACAGGCAAAGCUAAGCGGCAGUCAUGGAAGCCCACGGGAAGCUUGGGUGCCACAGGAGCGAGGACUGGGUCCUCUGAUAGGACCACUCACUGGAAUAUUUCUGAGGUAUCUUGGGAAAGAGCCACAGUCUUGGAUUCUGAAGUCUUUACAGUUCAGCAGAACCACCCUGGAAGGAGGCUUUACCAGACAAGAACAAUGGAGACCAGCGGAAAGCUCAUUUGCAGACAAAGGCAAGUCCUUUUAUUCUUUCUCCUAUUGGGCUUUUCUCAUGCAGGCUUGGAACCUAGGCGCUAUUCUGUGGUGGAGGAAAUUGAGGGGCACUCAUUUGUAACCAAUUUAGCAAAGGACCUGGGUCUGGGUCAGAGGGAACUCUCCAAGCGGGGAGCUAGGGUCAUUUCCAAAGGGAACAAACUACAUUUGCAGCUUGAUUGGGAAACUGGAGAUUUGUUGCUAAAUGAAAAACUGGACCGGGAGGAAUUGUGUGGUCACACAGACCCCUGUGUAAUGCGUUUCCAGGUGUUGCUAGAAAAUCCCUUAGAGUUUUUUCAAGCUGAGUUACAAGUAAUAGACAUAAAUGACCAUUCCCCCAUAUUCAUAGACAGAGAUAUGUUGCUAAAAAUAUCAGAGAGCAGUCCACCUGGAACUACAUUUCCACUGAAGAAUGCUCAGGAUGUGGACGUGGGCCGGAAUAAUAUUGAGAACUAUGUAAUUAGCCCCAAUUCCUACUUUCGGGUCCUUACCCGCAAACGAAGCGAUGGCAGAAAAUAUCCCGAACUGGUGCUGGACAAAGCGCUGGAUCGAGAGCAGGAAUCUGAGCUCAGGUUAACCCUUACAGCUCAGGAUGGUGGCUCUCCACCCAGAUCUGGCAUCGCUCAGAUCUACAUUGAAGUUGUGGACAUCAACGAUAAUGCCCCUGAAUUUCAGCAGCCUCUAUAUAGGGUGCAGGUUCCUGAGGACAGUCCCAUUGGCUUCCUGAUUGUCACAGUCUCUGCUACGGAUGUAGACAUAGGAGUCAACGGAGAGAUUUCCUAUUCACUUUUCCAGGCUUCUGAUGAGAUCUGCAAAACUUUUGAGAUCCACUCUGAGACAGGAGAAAUUCGACUGAAAAAACAACUUGAUUUCGAAAGAAUUCCUUUCUAUGAGAUCAAUAUCGAGGCCAGAGAUGCUGGCAGCCUUUCUGGAAAAUGCACCGUUCUGACUCAAGUAAUGGAUGUGAACGACAAUGCCCCAGAAGUCACCGUGUCUGCAUUUACUAGGCAAAUACCUGAGAACUCGCCUGAGGCUGUGGUUGCAGUUCUCAGUGUUUCAGACCUUGAUUCAGAAGAAAACGGGAAAAUAAAUUGCUCUAUUCAGGAUGAUCUACCCUUUCUUCUGAAAUCUUCCUUGGAAAAUUUCUACACCCUAUUUACAGAGAGACCACUUGACAGAGAGACCCAGGCCGAGUACAACAUCACCAUCACCGUCACCGACCUGGGGACCCCCAGGCUG